UCCGAUUGUGCGAAGUCUGUGACCGGGGCCAUGUUUUCCGGUCUGAGUGCCACGGAGCUACUUCCGGAGAAUCCUGGACAGUACAUCGUAUACAAAUGUAGCCCGCCUGAUGACGUCACUAUCAGUAUCGGCUCUCACCAGUCGCUGGUGGUCCCUGUGACCGAUUUCACGUCAACUGCGACGUUUACGUUACAGUGUUCAGAGUCGUUGUAUAUGGUCCGACAUCCCCAGCUCAAGUUCCGGAAGGAAGGCGAAGACGUGAAACUCUCCUGUGAGGCUUAUUCCGAGCCCGGAAAUCAGCCAAUCACCUACUCCUGGAAAAAAAAUGGAGUUAUGGUGACCGGCGGAGUUAACGGUGAACUCGUCAAAACCCAAUUGAAGAUCGUGGAUAAUGGUUUUUAUGUAUGUACGGCCGCCGUUGAAAGUCAGGGCAUCAAAGUGCCCUCAAGAGAAGCUGCGCUUGUCGUCGGAGAUUUCGAAAGUUAUUACCUCAUACCAGAGCAAAAAACGGUUUGCGAAAGUGAUGUCACGGUAAACACAUGCUCGCAGCUGCCAUGUGUGCCCCCAGGCUACUCUUACACAGAUGAUCAAGACGCUGGUCAGAUCGACGUGGCCACCAUGCAGGAUCUAUUUGUCGACUGCGGCUCCGCGACUGUUGCACUCAAGGAUGCGGUGACCUGUGAAUGCACAAAGGCGGCUGCACCAACAUUAACUGUGACCGUCAUGGAUGUUACCACGAACGCACCACUUGCCGAUGUCGAGGUCCGUAUUGCCGGGACAUCUGCGCAGUUAACCACAGACGCUGAUGGCAAAGCCACUCUAGCCGUUCCUGCAGGUAUACUCACAGCUGUCCUCCAGGUGACGAAGACUUCAAGCGAGUACCUGCCGUCCACCCGGCCCGUUGAUAUUGAUGGAACAUCCAAAUCAAUAACUGUGUAUCUAUACAAAAAAGCAGCUCCAGUUCAAUUGCAACCGGACAUUGAGAAUACUAUCUCCCUCUCUGACGACCCACUUAAUCCCAACAAAGGCGCCGUGACCUUCGAAAUUCCCGCAAAUUCAUUCUUCCAUCGCGAUGGGGGCAAUCUUGUUCCUCCCGUUGAACUGUCCCUGACCUAUAUAGAGCCAACUGUUGACAACGUCGAAAAUGCCCCAGGUGUAUUCUUUAGUACAGAUGAAAACGGAAAUAUUGUCCCAAUAGAAACACAAGGUGUUUUUGUGAUGACUGCAACAGAUGCAAAUGGCGAACCUCUAGAUUCUGCCCCAAUAACGGUUAUCUCAAAGGACGGGUUUGCGUUGUUCAUUCUAAAUGGAAAUGGUCAAUGGACUCUUAUCCCUCCUACAUCCGGUGUUGGUAGAAGACGGCGACAGACAAGCAAUGUCGGAACAGCGAUAGGAAACAUAACUAUUACCAGUAACCAAGUACGAUGGUACAACAUUGAUAAAUUCCCGGAAAACACUCGGUGCUGGUUUAAGACAUAUGUCAAAGAUGCAGCAACAGAUAACGCGCUUCAGGACCCACAGCUUAGGCGCUAUGCUGUAGCCACGUCGCUUCAGUCAUCAGGAAUUACUUCAAUUCUGCAACUUAGCGAUUUCACGACUAACAUGGAUACAUGUUUUGAGGCCCGUUGUGACAAUAAUGCCACAGGAUCUCUUUCAAAGGGCUACAUCGUCGUCGAUGCGCUCGGAAUUGUGGCCUCAAUUCGGAAUCGUGCCACGCCCAUGGUUCUUAGUGAUUACGCAGCAGCCGUUCAGACGCGCUUGAAUACGCUUCAGUUCAACAUCGACGCUCAGGAUCGACUGACAAUGGAUCUAGAGGCAUCUGCGAAUGGUCCGUUCUUUUACAAUAAAACCACAUGUGAGUCCGCAUCGUUUGCCAGUGACGACAACGUUCUCGGGUUUACCGUUGACAAUCCAUCAACUAACAGCGAUCCGUAUGGGGAUUCAAAUGACCGAUGUGUUGCUAGAGUCAAAGUUAAUAUCACCUAUGGUGGCUACCUAGGAGAGAACACAACAUUCACGGCUAUCAGUCUUUGGGGCGCCAAUCUAUUUUACAAACAAUACAACACAACUUUUGAUAACAGUACAAGUACCGCAAUCCUUUGUUUCAAUUAUCGUUGCUCAAUGGCCAACGACUUGACCAAUGUGGUUAUCUCCUUUACUCCCGACCGUAACGGCGAUAAUUUUCUAUACGAGUAUGUGUAUGGGUGUAACAUCACGUUAACGGCUCCUGUUAUAAACCAAUCAACGGGAAAUGGAUACUUCUUGAACACUUCCGGUGACGUACAGGCGCCCUUGGACAUCUGCAACGCGGAGACGGAUUCUGACCCGUUUGCCUUGGAAAAGAAUUGUCCCGAUUGGGAAAAAGAGAUAUAUUUCGAGUAAAAAUAAACCAGUCGAUUUGUCAAAAAUUCAUGACUACGACGGAAACCUAAUUCCUAAAUACUAGAUGGACUCUUUUGUAAAUUGUAUUGAAUAUUUUGUUGUUGCGCCAUAACUUUGUAUUGAUGUUGUGAUUUCCAAGCGUCCGACUACAGGACUUGUCGCUGUAGUUUCUCAUAUAAUAUUGUGUCGUCACUGUUAAAAGUUGUUUACAUUAAUAAAGGAAUUUCUGAAAUAAAUCACUCAC